AUGGUCGGCGACUCGCAGAUUGGCAAGACGAGCUUGAUGGUCAAGUACGUAGAAGGCUCCUUCGACGAAGACUACAUCCAGACACUCGGCGUCAAUUUCAUGGAAAAGUCAAUUUCCAUCCGCAAUACAGAGAUCACUUUCUCCAUUUGGGAUCUGGGCGGUCAGAGAGAGUUCGUUAAUAUGCUGCCGCUCGUGUGCAACGAUGCGGUCGCGAUAUUGUUCAUGUUCGAUCUCUCUCGCAAAUCUACCCUCAACAGCAUCAAGGAAUGGUACCGACAAGCUCGUGGCUUCAACAAGGCAGGCAUAUAUAGCAUCGCUACUGCGAUACCGUUUCUGGUGGGCACAAAGUACGAUCACUUUUCGACGCUAGCCGAGUCUGAGCAGGAGGACGUCACCCGACAGGCAAAGCGGUUUGCCAAGGCUAUGAAGGCACCGCUGAUCUUCUGCUCGACUUCACACUCGAUCAACGUGCAGAAGAUCUUCAAGAUUGUGCUGUCGAAAGCCUUUGAUCUAAAAUGUACACUGCCCGAGAUCACAGAGACGGGCGAGCCCUUGUUGCUAUACCAAGACAUAUGA